AUGGCUGGGGGAGGCCAGGAGUCCUGGAAGCCCAGCGGUGAGACAGAGCAGGGCUGGGUGAAGUGUAAGAGGUGGUCCCUAAAAGGGACCCUGGGGCAGCAGAUCUGGCAGUUCCUUUCAGAACUCCUGGAGGUCGGGGACAUGGACAAGGCAAGCUUGCUGUUCUCCAUAUGGGACCCCACAGCGUCCUGGGCAGCAGAGUGGCGGGUCUGGUCCCUAGGCCGGGAGAGAUGUGCAUCCUUAGGCCUUCCUGAAGUCCAGCGCAGCUCUGAGUCUGCCCUGGAGGGCAUGUGCUAUAAGGUCUCAUCGGACUGUGAUGGGGCCUUGUCUAAGGAUUAUGAUUCUGUGAACGAGGCAGUGCCUAGAGGUGGCAGCGCUGUGAUUUCAGGGUGCCUCUAUUGGGGAGGCAGCUGUGAUUAAACCUCGUUUCCUUGGGUGACUGUUCAGAAGCUGUGGAUGAAUUGUGCUGGGUGCAACCCGACCCGGAGGCGGCGGGCCUGGGGGGGCCUGGCUGGAGGUGCAACACUCAUGGCCCUCUGGCUCCUUUGGCAGCUGGAAUCAGCUCCUGGGGGUGCCCCAGCGCCUCAGCCCACGGUCACCAUCCUUAUCUGGCACUGGCCUUUCACCAACCGGCCCCCAGAGCUGCCCCAUGACACCUGCACUCCCUACGGCAUGGCUAGCUGCCUCCUGAGUGCUAACCGGAGCCUGCUGGCCAGCGCAGACGCUGUUGUUUUCCAUCACCGUGAGCUGCAGACCUUACAGUCUCGCCUGCCCCUGAAACAGAGGCCGCAUGGACAGCCUUGGGUCUGGGCCUCCAUGGAAUCUCCCAGCAAUACCCGUGGUCUCCAUCACUUCCGAGGCAUCUUCAACUGGGUGCUGAGCUAUCGGCGCGAUUCAGAUAUCUUUGUACCCUAUGGUCGAUUGGAGCCCUACUCUGGGCCUGCACCCCCACUGCCGGCUAAAAGCAAGAUGGCUGCCUGGGUGGUCAGCAAUUUCCAGGAGCGGCAGCAGCGUGCAAAGCUGUACCGGCAGCUGGCCCCUCACCUGCGGGUGGAUGUGUUCGGACGUGCCAGUGGACGGCCCCUGUGCGCUAACUGUCUGCUGCCCACUGUGGCCCAGUACCGCUUCUACCUGUCCUUUGAGAAUUCGCAGCAUCGAGACUACAUCACUGAGAAGUUUUGGCGCAAUGCGCUGGCAGCUGGUGCUGUGCCUGUGGUGCUGGGACCUCCCCGGGCCACCUACGAGGCUUUUGUGCCACCAGAUGCCUUUGUACACGUGGACGACUUCAGCUCAGCCCGCGAGCUGGCUGUCUUCCUUGUCAGCAUGAAUGAGAGUCGCUAUCAGCGCUUCUUUGCUUGGCGAGACCGGCUCCGUGUGCGGCUCCUGGGUGACUGGAGGGAACGCUUCUGCACCAUCUGUGCCCGCUACCCUUCCUUGCCCCGCAGCCAGGUCUAUGAAGACCUUGAAAGCUGGUUCCAGGCUUGA